AAUCUUGGUGGUUUAAGUUUUUCUGGGCUGAAUCUUGGUGUUUUGGAGGUUUUUAUGGACACAGGAUGCCCAGUGAGUUCUAGAGAUGGACUUGGGCAGGAGGAACCCCCAAGCCAACGCGCUCAGCCCUUGUUUCCCCCCCAUCAGGAUUUGUCCUUCCCAAAGCUUGGGCGGAUGGAGGAGGAGGCUGCGAGGAAGAGGAAGAUGCCUUGGGCCCCCCAGGCAGGCCCCGAGCUGAGGACGGAGAGCCUGGAGGACAAAUCCCCCCGUGAGACCCUGUUGGGAGAGGCCGUUUUGAAGGGCUCCACGGCGCAGGAAGGCAGCGGGGAGGAAAAGGACCGGAGAUCCCCCCGGAGGAGGGGCUCCAAAGCCAGCCCAGGGUGCUCUGAGGAGGAAAGAGCCAGCCUGUCCCAGGAAGGCGGCCGGAGCUUGAGGGGGAGCUCUGACCUGGUGGUCCCUGAGCAGCCUCCCAACAGGGAGAAGCCCUUCAGGUGCUUGGAAUGUGGGAAGAGCUUCAGGCAAAGUUCUGACCUGAUCCGACACCAGCACAUCCACACUGGGGCACGUCCCUACACGUGUGGGGAAUGUGGGAAGAGCUUCAGUGACAAUUCCACUCUGAUCCGACACCAGCGCAUCCACACUGGAGAAUGUUCAUACCCUUGUGGGGAAUGUGGGAAGAGCUUCAGGGACAGUUUCACUCUGGUCCAACACCAGCGCAUCCACACUGGGGAACGGCCCUAUACAUGUGGGGAAUGUGGGAAGAGCUUCAGGAGCAACUCCAACCUGAUCCAACACCAGAGCAUCCACACUGGGGAACGGCCCUACAAGUGCUUGGAAUGUGGGAAGAGGUUUCGCAUUAGGUCAGAUGUCCUCGUGCACCAGCGGACGCACACGGAUGAGAGGCCCUUCCGCUGCACCGACUGCGGGAAGGGCUUCAACCGGAACUCCACCCUCAUCAGGCACCGGCGCAUCCACACUGGUGAGAGGCCCUACAAGUGUGGAGAAUGUGGGAAGAACUUUACCCAGCGCUGUCACUUGACCUCACACCAACGGACUCACCAUUAAGCGAAGUCCUACCAGUGCUCCGACUGCGGGAAGAGCUUCGGCUGCUGCUUCCACCCUGAAUGAAGCCACUGAUGGUGAGGCAACCCCUGGAGUCCAGUGACUGUCAGUUCAUCCCUUUCGACCACAAAGGGUCAGUCCCCUUUCACAGCGGCAGGUUCUGCCAACAGAACCCUUCUUGGGGGCGGUGUGGAGAUUCCUGCCUUGGCUGGGGACCCCCCAAGGUCACUCUUGGAGGUUGAGAGCAGAGAUCUCCCCACUAGCGUUGGUCUGGGAGAGUUCCAUCCAUCUCUACUUAAGAAUUAUUGCUUUUGUGCCAGCUUGAGUAGAAUUGCUUCAACAAUUGCUUUAGUGUAGAGCGCUGUCUUAUCUUUUUCUGUACUCGUGGUAGUUUUAGUGCUUCUGUUGUGCAAUAAAUAAUUGUGAUGAA